GGAGGAGGAGGAGGAGGAGGGAGGGGGCGCGCGCGCGCCCCGCCGCUGAGGAGAGCCGCCCCCCUCCCACCUUACCACCACCAGCACCAGCGCCACCAACACCACCGCCGGCGCGCGCGCGCGCGGCCGCCCCUUCCCCCUCCCCUUUCUUUCUCCCUCGGCCCGCGAGACCCUCUCCCUCCCCACCCCUCCCCCUGAUAGAGCCGCUGCCGCGAGACCCUCGCGCGUGUCCCUGUUCCCAUUCCCUCCCCCUUCUCGGGCGCUUUGCGCCCUCCCCCAGCCCCUGAGGAGAGAGGCGAGAGAGAGGAAAGAGAGAAAGAGAGGCGAGAGAAAAAGAGAAAGCGAUAGAGUGAGAAGAGUGCGGCGGUGCUGGGCCCUGUCUCCCCCCUACUCCCCUUCCCUCUGCCUUCCUCUUCCUCUUCCUCCUCUUCCUCCUCCUCCUCGUUCUCCACCUCCUCCCGCAGAGGCCCCCCCCGGGGGGGGAGGCCCCGGAAAGGGAGCGAUUCCUCCCCCACCUCCCCCCCCCACACCCCCAGCACAACACACACACACACAUUCUCACACACACCUGUGAGGAGGCCUCUCCCGUCCCCUCCCUCGCCCCGCCGCAGUCCUGAGGAGCCGUCGCGGCCGGUGGGGAGGAGAGCGAGGCCUGUGUGGGAGCCGGGGCCUCGGGGACUGGAGAGGGGCCCGGCGGCCCGGCCCUAGCCCUCGCCGCCGCCGCCGCCGCCUCCGCCGCCGCCGCUGCCAUGGCCCAGCAGCAGAUGACCAGCUCGCAGAAAGCCCUGAUGCUGGAGCUCAAAUCCCUACAGGAGGAGCCGGUGGAGGGCUUCCGGAUCACCCUGGUGGACGAGUCCGACCUCUACAACUGGGAGGUGGCCAUCUUCGGGCCCCCCAACACGCUCUAUGAGGGCGGCUACUUCAAGGCUCAUAUUAAAUUUCCUAUUGACUAUCCAUAUUCACCACCUACCUUCAGAUUCCUGACCAAAAUGUGGCAUCCUAACAUUUAUGAGAAUGGAGAUGUGUGCAUUUCAAUUCUUCAUCCUCCUGUAGAUGACCCACAGAGUGGAGAACUGCCUUCUGAGAGGUGGAACCCUACUCAAAAUGUCAGGACUAUCUUGUUGAGUGUAAUCUCACUGCUUAAUGAGCCCAACACUUUCUCUCCAGCGAACGUGGAUGCUUCAGUUAUGUUCAGGAAAUGGAGGGACAGUAAAGGAAAAGACAAAGAAUAUGCUGAAAUCAUUAGGAAACAGGUUUUGGCUACCAAGGCUGAAGCAGAAAAGGACGGAGUGAAGGUCCCCACCACACUGGCUGAAUAUUGCAUCAAAACUAAAGUGCCUUCCAAUGACAACAGUUCGGAUUUACUUUAUGACGACUUGUACGACGAUGACAUUGAAGAUGAAGAUGAGGAGGAAGAAGAUGCCGACUGUUAUGAUGAUGAUGAUUCUGGGAACGAGGAGUCGUGACCUGCUCCCUCUGUGCCCCCUGUACUGCCCAGCCAUCUCAGGCCAAAGGGAGCAGCGGUAACUCAGCAGUCCAGUGGCAAAAACCAUACACAGGGGGUGGGGAAAAAAUGUCUACUGCUGUCUCCUGUUGUGUGGAUCUCAGUUUGCUCCUUUUUAUGGACCUCUCAUUGGAGAGGAAGUAACCCUCCACAGAAUGUCUGAAUUCUUGCAUUCUUUAUCCUUCCAUCACUGUAUUACGAUUCCUUUUUUAAAACAAAACCUGAAACUCCCUUCUCACUUCAUCUCUACAAAGUGUUCACAGAGAAACACUUUUGGUCUGUGUUUAGAUUCUUGAAGAAUUAAAUACAGUCUCUCAUCAAGACGUUUAAUGUAUUUAAAGCUGGGAACCCACCAGAAGUUGGGUCUUUGGGAGUUCACAAGUGCUGCAUAUACUGGGUAGCAAAAGAAAAACGGAAAACAAAACAAAAAAACAACCCCACAAAACCUUUAAAAAAAAAAGAAGCAAAUUUGCCAAGGUUCUAGCUGCUUCAUUUAUGACCUUAGUGUGUGCACAUUGCAUUUAACCUUGUGGUGGUGAAUUUUGUUUUCUCCUUUUUUUAAGGUGUGAGGCAGAUGGUAUAAGCAACUGUGUGCUGAGCUUGAGGAAUGUCUUACGGAAAGGCACAGGCCUACUUUUCCGCCUCUCUGAAACAAUCUAAUAUUGAGACCUCAGCUCUACUGGGGUGGAGAGAAAAUCAGAUUUUUUAAACAUUGAUUGGGAUCUAAUGCCUGAAUAAAUAUUCAUACUUUACAUAGAACUGAGCACUUGGUUGCUAUUUAUUUUUUGAGGCAGGGCGUUUUUGUGGGAUUUUUUGGUGGUGAGAAGAAGGGUUCAAAAAUCACUCUGCCGUUUGUGAAGGUGCUGCUGGGGAGUGGGAAGGGGAGACGCUUGGGGAUGACCGCCAGCAGGGGAGACAGCAACAGCAAGUCCUUCCCCACAAGGGGCUACCUGGUGGGUCUGUGUUUGGGUCUUUCAGCCAGUAUUAGUCCCAGGAGCAUGUCCGAUGUUCUGGUUUUGGUGUUUUCAUUAAAGCUACGGCACCCUCUAGUGAGAAUGUGGACGAGUUACUGCUUUCUUCAUUGAAUGGAACCCCGACCGAGCUAGUUUGCUCUUGUUAAAUCACUUGUGAUGGUGGCCUGGCUGGAGAGGGCGAGCUCCCCUAGGUAGGCAGGGGAGCCUCUCUCUCCUGUAGGCAAACGUGGGAAGGGGGAGAAUCCCCCGAGCUUGUUCUGCAAUCCGCUGCUGCUUUUCGCUUUUCCAGGCCUACUCGGCCUGCGGGCUCCUCGAGCAGCCUUUGACCCACCGCUUCAGAACUGGAGGUUCUCUGUGGGGGCGAAGGAGCACGUUUUCCUUCAGAGCCCUAGAAUGUUAGAGGUUUCCCACACCAAGGGAAGAAGCAGAGGACACACGGGCCCUGCAGGGGCUAGGAAUGAAGAGACAAUAAUGCACUUAUAACCUCCCUUCCUUUCUGAUCUCAGGGUUUUCAUUAGCUCUUCAAUUUCUUGCUUUCUUGCCUCGCCCUGGGCUGUCGUCGUCAUCUUUGGUCCUAAAACCAGCGGGGCUGGCUGUUUGGGGGGGAGGGGGUCGGGAGCCAGUUCUUUUUGAACGGAAAUGGAGACUUUGCUGGGCCCUGAGCCAGCACUUGCUGCUAGCCCCCCGCCAUGAAAUUCCCCUCCCCCUCCCCCCAGUGCCCAGCAGCCAGUUACCCAGGCUAGCUCUUUCUGACGGAUCCCUGGGGGUUGGUAAGCCCUUGCUGCCGAGAAAUCGCCUCCAAGCCAGUCUUGGCUCCUCUGAUUUCAGAGUUGAGGCCGGGUCGUCCUUCCCGAGAUCUCUGGGCCUCUGGAGCCAAAGGUGGACGGGACCGAGUGUAGGUGGAGCUUCCGGCUUAGCCUUGUGGUGGUACUGAUUGGGCCUGUGGCUACUGUCUAAUGAGGUUGUUCCAGAAGCCCACCUGGGGUGUGACAGCUUCGGAACCAGCACCGUUGGGCCGAACCCAGCGUCGAGCUCCGGCCAGAGAGGUCCGACGGAUGGCUGUGCCCGUGACUGUCGGGAGCCUUCCCUUUGUCCUAGGAGAGACCUCGCUCACUUCAGGCUUGGUGGUAGAAGAUGCAUUAUCAUGAUUCUUUUGUUGGCUUUAUUUCAGCAUUUCCAGUUCUUCCUCCCCAUUUGACUAACCCUUUCCUCUCUCCCCACACACCCAAGUGUCGGUUAUUUGUUUACUUGCUGGUUUCUGUUGUUUUGGAGAGGCCCGAGCAAAGUGAGACUCGACUGUCUAAGAAACUGCGGGGGGAAGUUGGCUUCGACCUUCUUUUCCCUACCCCGUCCCCCUUCCCAUCCUGAUGAACAAGGUUUACAUUUAUUAUUAAAACAAGAUUCAGAUGCAACUUUCAACUGUUCUGAAACCAGCAGGAUGCACUAGACUAAUUAGUAAUUUUCAUAGCUAAAAUUCUAGAUGUUUUCCUUUUUCUUCAGUAUUAUAAUUUACCAGAAAAGAUUAACUGAUGCAUUUUGUGUUGUCCUCCCCAUUAGUAGUUUAUUUUGUCUUUUCUGCACAUCUGUCUACUAAUAAAAUGUGAAAUAAAACCUAUCUGCAUUGUUA